AUGCAUACCAAGGCUCAGAUCCACGCUGACCCGGUCCUGGAGCUUGACCAAUUCGACGGCUUGCCUGAUUCUCUUGUGCUGCUGAUCCUGAACAAGCUUGAGGACGUGCGUUCACUUGGCAGGUGCUCUGCCGUGUCCAAGCGAUUCAGUGGCCUGGUUCCCCUCGUCCACGAUGUGUGUGUCAAGAUUGACCACGUUGUGACUGUGGACGGUGACUCUGAUGACGCUCUGAGCCUGUCGUCGCCAAAGCCCCACAACAUCAUCUCACAUUUGUUGAAGCUGAUGCUGUUCGCGAUCGCCAAGCCCUUCCAUGAUAUGCGCAGCCCCAAUAGCACUGGGCGGCCGCUGUUCCCUCAGCUCUCCCAGCAUUCUCCUGUGCAGGUGCUGAAGAACUUCUCCCAUGUUCACAAUCUUCAGGUGGAGCUUCCCUCUGGAGAUGUUGCGGUCGAGGAGGGGGUUCUACUGAAGUGGCGGGCUGAAUAUGGCAGUACACUUCAGAAUUGUGUGAUCCUGGGUGGAACCUUGGUUGAUCGCAAGGCUGCUGGGAAUGGGCAUGAGCCAUCGUCGGAUGACAAUGGAAGCAUGCCUGAAUCUUUCUAUACCAAUGGUGGGCUGAAACUCCGUGUUGUAUGGACUAUCAGCUGUUUGAUUGCUGCGUCGACGAGGCAUUAUCUUCUGCGAUCAAUCAUCAAUGACCAUCCAACGCUGAGGAGCCUGGUCUUGGCAGAUGCCGAGGGGCAGGGUGCACUCUCCAUGGGGGCAGAGCAGCUGAAGGAUUUCAGGGAACACCAGUUGUCAGCCUCGCCAUGUUCUAACAGGACACAGGUACCAGCAUGCAACAUGAAGCUGAAGUACGCUCAGUACCUCGAAUUGCCUGGCGGCUUGGCAUUGCAAGGUGCAACCUUGCUUGUCAUCAAGCCCGCCAGUGAUGGUAGCAGCAGUGGUCAUGGCAAUCGGAAGGAGGUUGACGCCUUUGUUUCAGGCGCGUUCAAUGGACCCUUGAGGUUUGCUGCGAAGGCGCUGAUGAAGAGGCGCACCUGUCUCCUGGAGAUGAAUGGGUUCUAG